AUGGGCUGCCUGGCGCCUUCGACGAAUUCGGCGGCAGGUGGGCCCCAGGCCCUGAAAGAUUUCUUUGCCGCUCUCUUCUUCGACACGGUGCCGGCGGCCCUGCAGCGUCUGAACCUGGAAGGAGAGCGCCGAUCCAUGGCGUGCGUCAGGUCGCUGACCUACGACCAGGAUGGAAAGCUGAUGCGACGGCCUGCAGAUGGUGGAUUGAUUCCGGUGCGCGCAGCUCCUGUGGAGCAGUACCUGAAGGCCACCUCCACGAACCCACCGAGGACCUGGAUCUCCGGCCUCGCCGAGUCCCUGCGCCAGCGCGGCGCCGCGGAGCUCGUGCAAGCGGCGCAGGACUGGUACCUGGCGGCUGUGAGCCAUUUGCUCGCGGAUCCCAAGAGCGCCGACGAUGACGGCGACUACUUCCUGGCCUGGCUUCGGGAGUGCUGCCGCGAGGUCUACGAUGACGUUGACAGGAAUGAUCCCAAAGAGCUUCGCACCAUGAAGAAAGUGAGGAGUGUGAAGAACAAGAGCAAGCGCCACAACCUCGGCGACAUCCACAUCCCGAGCAUGGAGGAAGCCUUCCGAGAGCUUGCCGAGUUCGAGCCGCAGUCAGGCAGCAGCCGCAGGCAGCGUGUGUUGGCGAAGAUCGUGAUCGAUGCUUUCCAGCUGCGACUGGUGGACUUGGCAGCAAUUCUCCGGGUUGCUGACUGCGUGCUUUCGGCCAAAGAGGAUGAGGAGGUGGUGGUGGUUCUGUAUGCUGGAGGUGCCCACGCGCACUGCGUGGAGGAGUUCUGGCGUGCCCAAUCCUUCACCAGUGACGACUUGCCCAAGAGGGGACAAACCGCUAAUCUCAGAGAAAUCGCUGAUCCGCGUGCUCAAGACGUUGGUUUUUCAACAGUACUUGUCACGACCCUUGCAUGCACACCAGAACUCCAGCCCCUCUCUAUACUCCCAAAAAAAACCCACGAAGGGCAUCCGGUACAAACGGCACGUCUCGGAGAAGCCCGAACCCACGCUGAGGUGGGGAAGGACGACUGGGAUGACGACGAGCCUCGGGGGCUCGUGCUGCCCAAGUAUCUGUACCUUGGCGUUUUUGCUCUUAGAGGGAUGGGUUUUGCAUGGGACUUUUUCGCAAACCGCAGCAAGCACCGACACCCCACAAACUAA